AUGGAAGAGAUUAAUCCAUUAAGUACAGGAUUUUUUACUAGUGGUAGUAAUAUAUGGAACAAUGAUUAUGGAUCACUACCUUAUGAAGGUUAUAACAUGAUGGAGAUGGCUUCUAUGAGAGUACUCACUCCGCCAUGGCGAGGAUUGGUGGUUUCAAUGCUCAUGAAAGAUCAGUUUGGCAAUUAUUUGAUUCAAAAGAUUUUUGAAGCAAAGAAAGGCAUCACUAAUAUCCAAAUAGAUUCUAUUAUUUACUUGAUUAUCUAUGAUACUCACAAGUUAAGAGACGUCUGCAAGAACAAUCACGGAACUCGAGUUAUGCAAAUAAUGCUAGAGAAUAUGAAAUGUCCAGUCACAAAAUAUGCGGUAUUGUAUAUGAUGAAGCCUAUCAUUGAUGAAUUGAUGAAAAAUAUUAAUGGUGGUUAUGUCAUUGUGCAAUGUGUGAAGGUUUUUCCACCCACACUCAAAAAGGUGAUCUUGGAUGAAUUAGCAAAAUAUUGUGUUGAAAUUGCAACACACAAGAUUGGAUGUUCAAAGAUUAUUACUGAAACUAUGUGGUGCAAUUUGUAA